GGCAUGUACAUAUUCAUAUACGAAUAUUUGAAUAUCUUUUAUUUUUUAUAUUUCACAACUUUGAAGAAUUAUCGUAACUAACUAAUUCCAAUUCGGCGCUUAUUCAAUACCACUAUUUGUGGUUUAUUCUACAUAUCCCCGUAUAAGAGAUUGGGGGGAAUAAUUCUCGAUGCUAGUUAUACGGACUCAGAUCUUCCCGGGCCAUGGACGGUGAUCCUGCAGUCGAGUCGGAGCUCGACUCCUUCAGCUUGACUUUCCCUUUGCCGUACCGCGUGGCCUUCAUUAUUGUGUUAGCCGUUUGGGCAUGGGGCAUUAACCUACACUACCUCUACCUCAUCGGCAUCGAUGUGCCUUCUCUGAUCCGGUAUCCGGGCCGGCCCUCGCCGCACCAUCCAACGCACCACCUGUCUACCUACCGACUAGCCACCGUCCUCUCCUCGAUCUUCGCCUUCGCCCUUCUCGUCUUCUGGGUCUUCACACACCGCAACCCCGAUCUAGUCCUAGCAUGGGACUGGCUACCCCUGAUGUACCUCGCCGUCCUCCUCGGAAUCCUCGUCUUCGCACCAUUCUUCAAAUCGCUAUCGCACGGCGGGCGCACACGCCUACGCUCGACCCUCAAGCGCAUCAGCGUAGGCGGGCUCGCCGAGACAAAGGACGGCCGGUUCGGCGACAUCCUACUUGCCGAUGUGUUAACGAGCUACGCCAAGGUCCUCGCAGACCUAUACGUAGCACUAUGCAUGUUCUUCCGCAGCGAAGGAGGCGGCGCAACCGCGCGUCCCGACCGCAGCUGCGGCGGCACCGUCGUCGUUCCGCUGGUCAUGGCGCUGCCCUCGCUGAUCCGUCUUCGCCAGUGUCUAAUCGAAUACUCGCGCGUGCGCCGGGGCCGGCGAACAGAGGCCACGGGCUGGGGCGGCCAGCACCUCGCCAAUGCGACGAAGUACUUCACCGCCUUCCCGGUUAUCAUAUUCAGCGCCCUGCAGCGCAACUCGUCCGGUGGCCAGCCGCCUCCGCAUCAUUACUACCAAGCCUGGAUCGUGGCCUGCGCUGUCAACUCGCUGUACAGCUUCUACUGGGACGUGGCUAAGGAUUGGGACCUCCUGCUGUUCGACAGCCAGGCGCGGAACUCGCCCGAGCUGAAGGCGUUUGGUCUGCGACGCCGCCUGCAUGUUGGGCCACCUGGCUUGUAUUACGUAGUUAUUGCGAUGGACCUGUUUCUACGGUGUACAUGGAGUUUGAAGCUAAGCCCGCAUCUGGGCCGGAUAGCCGAUUGGGAAGGGUCGAUUUUUGUAAUUGAGCUGCUGGAGGUGUUCCGUCGAUGGAUAUGGAUCUUCUUCCGCGUCGAGACCGAGUGGAUCCGGAAUACGCCUGGUAAUGGCAAUGGUCUGGACGCCGACAACAUCCUGCUCCCGGACUACCAUAACAAUAAUAUUCAGGGCCCGAAGUACGCGGACGACGACUAGAAGUCGCGGCUUAGUUGAGUGCGUUCUGUUGCUUUAGGGAUUAUAGAAAUGGAAGGGAUGGCAGGCAGGGUGAAGUAAGGGGGAUGUGGAAAUGAUACUUCACACCGCGGGAAACGGGAUGGAGCAGGUUGGUGAGCGACUGUUCUAAGUAUAGGUAUCUACGUGUCGGCGUCGCGGUUGCAUUGCAGGCGUUUGUUAGAAUAGGUACGGCUGUGGAGGUAUGAGGUUGGUUACCGCCUCCAAUAUAUGUAUAGAGUUGGGAUAUCCCAACCAAGCAUCUAUUUAAUCAUCGAAACGUACAUAUACACAUGCUCAUAGAUGCUUGAAUUAAGUCCUAACAAAACAUUAU